AUGGCCUUUGCUCCUGUGUCGGGGCAAGGCGCGAAGAAGAAGAAAUCAAAAUCGUUUGGAUUCGAGAGCAUGGGCCUGAGUGCCCCCGUGUAUCGCGCGGUGCGACGCAAGGGCUACCAGGUGCCGACGCCUAUCCAGCGGCGAACGCUGCCGCUGGUGCUCGCGGGGCAGGACGUGGUCGCCAUGGCGCGCACCGGGUCCGGCAAAACGGCGGCGUUUCUCAUUCCCAUGAUCGAACGGCUCAAGGCGCACUCGAACACGGCCGGGAUCCGCGCUGUGAUUCUCUCGCCUACGAGAGAAUUGGCCCUACAGACGUUCAAGUUCACCAAGGAGAUGGGCAAAUUCACCGACCUGCGAGCAGCCGUGCUGGUGGGGGGUGACAGCAUGGAGGGACAGUUUGAGGCGCUCUCGCGCAAUCCGGACAUUCUCGUCGCGACACCUGGCAGGCUCAUGCACCACCUUGCUGAGGUGGAGGGCAUGAGCCUGAAAUCCGUGGAGUACGUUGUUUUUGACGAGGCUGACCGGCUUUUUGAAAUGGGGUUUGCGGUCCAGCUGAAGGAGAUUUUGCGCGGGAUGCCCGAGUCGCGCCAGACGCUGCUUUUUUCGGCCACGCUGCCCAAGAUGCUCGCGGAGUUCGCCCGGGCAGGUUUGAGGGAGCCACAGCUGAUCCGAUUGGAUACAGAGACGAAGCUGAGCCCGGACCUGGCGCUCUGUUUUUUCACGGUCAGACCGCAUGAAAAGAUGGCUGCCCUGCUGCAUUUGCUUCAGGAGGUUAUUCAGACGAUUAUAUUUGUUGCAACAAAGCAUCAUGCCGAGCUUUUACACGAAGUGUUACAAUCCGAGCGGUUACCAUCUUCGGUUGUUUACGGUGCCAUGGACCAGACUGCCCGAAAAAUCCACAUUGCCAAGUUCCGGGCAGGAAGAACAUCUCUCCUAAUCGUGACCGACGUCGCUGCCCGAGGCAUCGACAUCCCUCUCCUCGACAACGUCAUAAAUUUCGACUUCCCGCCCAAGCCAAAACUUUUCGUGCAUCGGGCAGGCCGAGCAGCGCGCGCGGGCCGUUCGGGCACAGCAUAUUCUUUUUUCACCGCAGAAGAGCUGCCCUUCGUGCUCGACCUGCACCUCUUCCUCUCCAAGCCGAUCCGCUCGGCGCCGCUAGAAGACGAAAUCGAGGCAACAGGUGGCGCGAGCCUAUUGGCCGCGCGGGAAGCGCAGGAGCGGGGGGAAACAGUCUACGGAAGAUACAUUCAAACCGAGCUGGACCGUUAUUUGGAGCGGUUGAGAGAGCUGGAGAGUUCGAGUGUGGCUGUGGGGAUGCUGCAGAAGGUGGCAGGGAAGGCGAUGAAGCUGUAUCUGAGAACACGGCCGGCGGCUUCCAACGAGAGUGCGAAGAGGAGCAAGGCGCUGGCGGGGAGGGAGGGCGUGCACCUGCUGCUGAGGGACCGCGUGGGCGGGCUUGAGUCGGCUGCUGCUGCAUUUGCUGAGCACCUUAAGAAGUUCAGGGAGCGCGUUGGCGGGCUGGAGUCCGCUGCUGCUGCUUUUGCUGAGCAUCUUAAGAAGUUCAGGUUUGAGGCAGAGGUGCUGGACUUGGCGCCUGAUGAUGGUGAAGGAGCGCAGAAGAGAAAGGCAGUGUUCCACUGGGAUAAGAAGAGCAAGAAGUACAUCAAGCUGAACCCCGGGGAGACGCUGGGCCCAUCUGGCAAGGUGCGCACGGAGAGUGGCGCCAAGGUCAGUGCGGGCAGCAAGGGCAUCUACAAGCGCUGGAAGGAGAAAACACACAUGCGCGUGGGCGGCAGAGGGCCACGUGGCAGUGGCUCAUUGGACGCUGGUGACGAUGCUGACGGUGCUGGCGGCUUCUCAAGAGGGAGGGGAGGAGGGAGAGGAGGGAGAGGAGGUGAGUGGGAUGGGGUGGGAGUUGACAGUUGGAUGGGGUGGUUGGGAAUCGAGUGUGGAACCCCUGCCCUUGUCACCCCUUGUCAGCGCUUCAUGUUUCAAGGCAAGAAAGCCUUGCCCCUGCCAUUCCUUCCGACCCCUUCCAUUCCUUCCGACCCCUUCCAUUCCUUCCGACCCCUUCCAUUCCUUCCGACCCCUUCCAUUCCUUCCGACCCCUUCCAUUCCUUCCGACCCCUUCCAUUCCUUCCGACCCCUUCCAUUCCUUCCGACCCCUUCCAUUCCUUCCGACCCCUUCCAUUCCUUCCGACCCCUUCCAUUCCUUCCGACCCCUUCCAUUCCUUCCGACCCCUUCCAUUCCUUCCGACCCCUUCCAUUCCUUCCGACCCCUUCUCCCGCAUGUCGGGCAGAGGAGGGGUGGGCGGGCGGGUGAGGGACGAGCUGCGGAGCGUGGAUGAGGUGAGGAAGAUGCGCCAGACAGCCAUCGCUAGAGGGGGUGGGGGGAGAGGGGGUGGAGGGAGAGGAGGUGGAGGGAGAGCUCACAUCCCUGGUCUCGGCAAGAUGGUGGUCCUGUCGGCUGCGAUCAUCAGCAAGACGGGAAAAGCAUUGGUGGCUCGACAAUUUGUAGACAUGGCUCGGAUUCGCAUCGAAGGGUUGCUUGCAGCUUUCCCUAAACUCAUUGGAAGCGGGAAGCAGCACACGUUCGUCGAGACCGAGAAUGUGCGAUACGUGUAUCAAUCACUCGAAGGUCUCUAUUUACUGCUGGUCACGAACAAGCAAAGCAACAUCCUCGAAGAUCUCGAGACUCUUCGCUUACUAUCGAAGCUCGUACCUGAGUACUGUCCAGGAUUGGACGAGGAAUCUGUGUGUCACAUGGCCUUCGAGCUCAUAUUCGCGUUCGACGAGGUCAUUUCGCUGGGCCACAAGGAGAACGUGACUAUAGCGCAGGUGAAGCAGUACACGGAGAUGGAGAGCUCGGCGGAGAAGCAGUACAAGGCGGACAUGCUGAGCAAGAUCAACGAGACCAAGGACCUCAUGAAGAAGAAGGCGCAGGAGAUCGAGAAGCUCCGGGCGGACAAGAGAGUCGAUCGUGGGGGGAUUUCAGGCGGGCUGGCGAGCAUGGGUCCGGGCGGGGGAGGUCCGAUGUCCAUAAACAAUGGCUUCCCGGAGAUGGGCAGGAUGGGAGGCGGAGGAGGGUUCGGAGCUCCCGUAUCAUCUGGUCCAGAACCAGGGCGGGCGGGCGGAAGCCUGGCGGCGCCGUCCAAGGGCAUGGGCAUGAAGCUGGGUAAGUCCACCAAGACGAACCAGUUCCUCGAGUCCCUCAAGGCGGAGGGCGAGGUCAUCGUCGAGGACGUCUUGUCCGCCGCCGCCGCUCCCGGCCUCGCGGGAGCGGCGGGCGCGCAAGCGGCGUUUGUGGCGACGGAUCCAAUUACGAUCCUGGUGGAGGAGAAGCUGGUGGCGGUGUGGAAGCGCGACGGCGGGCUGGAGAACAUGGAGGUGCAGGGCACCAUGGCGCUCACCGUGCUCAAGGAGGAGGAUGCCUUCAUCCGCAUCCAGAUUGAUGGCGGGCAUGACAAGAGCUUCCAAUUCAAGACGCAUCCGAACAUUGACAAGGCGCUGUACGGCAGCCAGAACAUCCUGGGCCUCAAGGAUCCCAACCGACCCUUCCCCACGGGCAGCCCGCUGGGCAUCCUUAAAUGGCGCAUGCAGUCCAAGGACGAGACCGUCGUGCCCAUCAGCAUUAACUGCUGGCCGUCGGUGUCAGGUGCAGACACGUAUGUGAACAUAGAGUACGAGGCCACACAGGCAUUCGACCUGCGCCACGUGGUGGUCGAGAUCCCACUGCCGGCGCUGCGUGAGGCGCCCACCCUCAAGGACUAUGACGGCGAGCCCAGAUAUGAUUCAAGGAGAUCCGUGUUGGAGUGGUGCAUCGACCUCAUUGACAACUCCAACCGCAAUGGGUCGAUGGAGUUCGUGGUGCCGGCCACCAACCCGGAUGUCUUCUUCCCCAUUGAAGUGCGCUUCACAUCCGCCAAGACCUUCUGCGACGUCAAGGUGGUAUCUGUGACUCAAGCCAGCAGUGGCCAACCAGUCAAGUUUGCAGGGAGAACACAGAUGAAUGGCGACGGGCGCAUCACGGGUCCGGACGCUGUUCCCUUCUUCAAGCGCUCCGGCCUCAUGCAGCACGAGCUCAAAGCGAUCUGGGCGGCUGCGGACGACCGGCGCCAGGGCUACCUGGGCAUGGAGGAGUUCGUGGUGGCCAUGCGGCUGAUCGCGAAGCAGCAGCAGCUGUCGCGCGGGGAGGACAUGCCGGCGCGCCAGCCGUGCUUCCCGGCGCUGAGGGGGCUGGACGAGGCUUUGGCGUCCGACAGCAUCCUCGCCUGCAUCGCCUCCAUCGAGUCCGACAUGCACGAGGAGCCGGACCCCUCUCUCGCCGCAUCCCUCAUGUCGUUGUUCAAGCCCAAGGCCAAGAAGCCGCUACCCCAAGGCGCUAUAACAUCCGUGGUGGACGGGUUGAGGGGGCUGUACGAGAGCAAGCUGCGCCCGCUGGAGGAGGCAUACCGCUUCCAAGACUUCCACUCGCCCGCCCUCACGGGCAGCGACUUUGAGGCGAAGCCCAUGGUCAUGCUGCUGGGGCAGUACAGCACGGGCAAGACCACCUUCAUCCGCCACCUGCUCAGCCGCCCCUAUCCCGGGUCGCACAUCGGUCCAGAGCCCACCACCGACCGCUUUGUUGUUGUCAUGAACGGACCGGACGAGCGCAGCAUACCGGGCAACACAGUGGCAGUGAAAGCAGACAUGCCGUUCGCCGGUCUCACCCGCUUCGGCUCCGCCUUCCUUGAGAAACUCGAGGUCGCUCAGCUACCGCACCCCCUGCUGGAUCAUAUAUGCCUGGUGGACACGCCGGGCGUGCUGGCGGGGGAGAAGCAGCGCACCCAACGCAGCUACGACUUCACUGGCGUCACUGAGUGGUUCGCGUCUAAGUGCGACCUCAUUCUGCUCCUCUUCGACCCGCACAAGCUGGAUGUGAGCGACGAGUUCAAGCGGGUCAUCACGUCGCUGCACGGCAACGCUGAUAAGAUCCGCCUCGUGCUCAACAAGGCGGACCAGAUCAACACGCAGCAGCUCAUGCGGGUGUACGGUGCGCUCAUGUGGUCGCUGGGGAAGGUCAUCAACACACCUGAGGUCAUGCGCGUGUACAUUGGUUCUUUCUCGGACACAGCUGCUGCCAAGAAGCGUGCCACUAAGAAGGUUACCGCCAAGAAGCUUCCUGCCCAGAAGCCACGCAAGCAGGCGCUUCAGCAGCGGGCAGCAAUACAGCAGACGAUGGGAGGCGAGUCAACCGCUGGCGAGGAGGCGAGCGAGACGAAGGUUAUCCCGAGCAAGAAGGAGAAGGGAGAUGCAGGAAACAAGGACGCGGAGAGCGAGACAGAGGCGAGAUAUGAGUGUGCUCCAGCGGGAGAAGAGAGCGCGAAUGGAGCAGGUCUUGAGAAGGGAAGUGAGACGAGCGAUGAGGAGGCUGGAGAAAAGAGGAAGGAGGGCACAGAGGAGUCCAAAGAGGAGGGCAGCAAGACAGCAGAGGGACACAAAGGAGCUGCGUUGGACAACAGCAGGGACAAGGAGAAUUUGGCUCCAUCCAACUGUAGCGAGGGGAAGGCUGGAAGGAUGGGAAGGGGGAAGGUUGAGCUGGCCGCGGAUCAAACGGAUGAGGAGGAGGAGGAGGAGGAGGAGGAGGAGGAGGACGCGGAGGGGCGGCUGGGGAGGGCGCUGUUUGAGAGGGAGAUGAGCGACCUGCUGUCUGACCUGGGGGACCUGCCGAGGAAGAGCUGCGACCGCAAGAUCAACGAGUUUGUGAAGCGCGCGAGGGCAGCGCGGGUGAACGCGUUCAUCAUCGCCCACCUGCGCGCGCAGCUGCCCCUGUUUGGGCGCGCCAAGGCACAGCAGCACCUCAUUGAGAACCUGCCACAGGAGUUUGACAAGGUGGCUCGCGAGCAUCGCCUGGCAGAGGGCGACCUCCCACCCGUGGCGCUCUUUCAACGUGCGCUGGCAGGGUGUGCCUUUGAGAGCUUCGAGCGGCUCAAUGUGAAGCUUGUGGAAGAGGUGGAUAGGAUGCUUGCUUAUGAUAUUCCACACCUUUUGAAUACGUUUAGAAACCCUUACAUGUAA